AUGAUGUGGGCGAUCGCCAACAACAGCACCGGGGCGACUCUGUCGCCGCAGCAGGUGUGCGACUGCGCGACGAAGCAGUGCUGCCAAGGCGGGUGGCCCGAGUGGGCCUUCUACUACGUGCUCUUCAACGGCGGCAUCACGUACAACGUCAGCUACCCCUACUCCGCCGUGGAUUCCGCCACAUGUCUGCUCGACACAACCAUGACGACCGCGGCUCAGAUCACGGGGUGGGAGCUGGUGCCGGCAUUCAACGCCAUGGCGCUCAUGAAGGCCGUCAGCAUGCAGCCCGUCGUCGCCUUCAUCAGCGCCUCCGCCGCCGACUUCACCGCGUACGCAAGCCGCGACACGGUCAACAUCUACAACGGCGCGUGCUCGACGGAGGUGAACCACGCGGUGGUGGUGGUGGGCUUUAACUACACGGGGCCGGACCUCAAAGGCAGCUACUGGAUCAUAAAAAACUCGUGGUAUCCCACGUGGGGCGACAAAGGCUUCAUGUACCUUGCCAUGACGCCCGACGUGCGCGGGAAAUGCGGCAUCCUAUCAACCCCCGCCAUGUACCCCGUCUACUUCCCAUCCGGACAGCAGCCGGCACGCUUUGCGUCCGACAAGCGCGGCAAGUGGAAAAUCACCAAGGUGGACGACCUCUCGUCAUCGCUCUUCUUUACCACUCUCUCCAUUUCAACCAUCACCAACGGCACCUUUAUCAACAAUAUUAUUGCCACCGCGCUGGGUGCAACGUGCGCGGGGAUGAUCAACCCGUGCGGCGGGGGCAGUUGUUACAUCAGCGGCGGAGUUCCGCGGUGCAACUGCGGCGCGAUGUCGAAUAUGGUCGAGACCACCAUCAACUGCACGGGGUGGUACCGGGUGAUGCAGGGCGACACAUGCCCCUCCAUCUGGAAUGCAGCCAACCUCACCAUGUCCAUGUUCCAAGCCAUCAACCCCGGCGUUCAGGUGAGCCAUCAACCCCGGCGUUCAGCCCUCUCCCCCCUGCCUGCCCGGGUACCGCCUGGGUCCUUGCUUGCACCACUCUCUACCCUACCUCUCCAGCCCUCUGCACCUCUCUCUGCCUUGCGAUUCCCUCUCUUCCAUUUGCACCGCCAGCCUCCUUACCUCUUUCUCCCUUGCCAUUUCCCCUCCCCGCAGUGCCAGGCGCCCUACCUGGUGGUGGGCCAGCAGGUCUGCAUUGACUCACCCCUCCUAACCACAAUGCAGCGAAACCCAAACGCAAACUACUCUAUAUACACCGUCCGUGCCAACGAUACCCUCUCCACCAUCUCCACCCAGUACCUCACCCGCUGCACUCCACUCUCCGUUUCCCCCGCCGCCAUUGCCGCCCAAAACUUCAUUGCCGACCCCUCUGCACCGCUCCCCGUCGGCACGAACCUCAUCAUCCCCUGUAUUGGCGGCGUCGGUAUGAUCGACGGCGGCUGUGCGACGUCUCUCACCGUGUGCGGAUCGGAUUUCGUCUCGUACCCGUCGUACUGCCACGCAGCCGUGAACUACGGCCUUUCAAUUUACCAGAAUGGCCCGUGUGACAAGUGUGGGGCUGCAUGCCCUGGCCGCAUGGGACUGGCCCCCGCUUCCGGGUUCGGCUGCACGCAAGCCAUCUGUCCCUCCCUUUGGGGUGCCGCCUGUGGGCCUGCCGCCUCUGCUUGCGUUGCUGCUUACCUGGCUGUUGGAAUAUGCGUGCAUGGGGUACUGCUGGAGGGCAUGGGGUACUGCUGGAGGGCAUGGGGUACUGCUGGAGGGCAUGGGGUACUGCUGGAGGGCAUGGGGUACUGCUGGAGGGCAUGGGGUACUGCUGGAGGGCAUGGGGUACUGCUGGAGGGCAUGGGGUACUGCUGGAGGGCAUGGGGUACUGCUGGAGGGCAUGGGGUACUGCUGGAGGGCAUGGGGUACUGCUGGAGGGCAUGGGGUACUGCUGGAGGGCAUGGGGUACUGCUGGAGGGCAUGGGGUACUGCUGGAGGGCAUGGGGUACUGCUGGAGGGCAUGGGGUGCUGCUGGAGGGCAUGGGGUGCUGCUGGAGGGUGUGGGUUGCUGGUGAGCAUGGGUUGCUGAGGUGCAUGGGGUGA